UUAUCCGAAGUCAACCGAAUAUAUACGGAAAGUUCCUCAAUGAAUAUUUCAUAUUUCAAGAGUACAAACUAUCGGUGUUCCAGGAGUAAAAUGAAUGUUAUUCUGUUUAUGCAUACGGUAUUUAGGAAUAUUUUAUAAGUGAAAAAUGAAGACUGUAUUUAUGGUGGCUGAAAAGCCAUCUUUGGCUGCUUCGUUAGCCAAAAUCUUAUCCAACAACAGCAUGACAUCUCGAAAAGGUUAUAAUGGAGCCUGUUCAGUGCAUGAAUAUCGAGGUAAAUUUCAAGGCGAACCGGCUUACUUCAAAUUUACAUCAGUGUGUGGUCAUGUCAUGACCCUGGAUUUUACUGGCAAGUACAACAACUGGGAUAAAGUCGAUCCGGUGGAAUUAUUUAUUGCCCCUACUGUGAAAAAAGAAGCUUCACCAAAUCUUCAUAUGCCAGACUUUUUAAAGAAAGAGGGCAAAGGUUCUGAUUACUUAGUAUUAUGGCUGGAUUGUGAUAAAGAAGGUGAGAAUAUCUGCUUUGAAGUCAUUGAUGCUGUUCUUCCUGUUAUGAAGAGGAAUUCUGACAAGAACAUAUAUCGUGCUCACUUUAGUGCUAUCACAGAAUCAGAUGUGAAGCGAGCUAUGAAUAACUUGGGUACACCUAAUGAGAAUGAAGCAAUGUCAGUUGAUGCCAGACAAGAGUUAGAUCUGCGAGUUGGUUGUGCCUUCACUCGAUUCCAAACCAAAUUCUUUCAGGGCAAGUAUGGCAAUUUGGAUAGUACUUUAGUGUCAUAUGGUCCUUGUCAAUCACCUACAUUGGGCUUCUGUGUGGAGCGGCAUGAUAAAAUCCAAUCAUUUAAACCUGAAACCUAUUGGAUCAUUAAUGUACAGGUGGCUCAUCCUGAUGGCAAAAAUGUCCAUGUUGACUGGGAACGAUAUCGUGUGUUUGAUAAAGAAGUUGUACAGAUGUUCCUUUCCAUGAUCAAAUCUGCUGAUUCAGCCAGAGUGUAUGAUGUGAUUAAGAAAGAGAAGACCAAAUCUCAUCCCCAGGCUUUAAACACAGUUGAAAUGCUUCGGAUUGCAAGUUCUGCGUUGGGUAUGAGUCCCCACCAUACCAUGCAAAUUGCUGAAAGAUUGUACACCCAAGGCUAUAUCAGUUACCCAAGAACAGAAACAACACACUAUCCCGCAAACUUUGACCUUGUUGGUACCUUACGGCAGCAAACCAACAGCUCCCAGUGGGGUUCUUAUGUUAAAGACCUUUUAAAGCAAGGAAUUCAGAAACCAAGGAAAGGUCAUGAUGCUGGUGAUCAUCCCCCUAUUACUCCAAUGAAAGGGGCCAGUGAGAGUGAGCUUGGUCAUGAUGCCUGGAAACUCUAUGAAUAUAUUGCACAACAUUUCAUUGCUACUGUCUCUCCUGAUUGUCGUUACAUGCAAACAACCGUUUAUUUUGAGAUUGGCCAAGAGAAGUUUACCUGUACAGGUAAUAUACUCAGUGAUCCUGGCUACACUGCAAUUAUGACAUGGCAAGCUAUUACAGAUGACGAGGAACUGCCACCUUUUGUCAAAGGAGAAAAUUACAAUGUUACAGAAGUCCGACUUGCUGAACGUCAGACUGGGCCUCCUGAUUAUCUGACUGAAAGUGAGUUGAUUACAUUGAUGGAAAAACAUGGUAUUGGUACUGAUGCGAGUAUUCCUGUUCACAUCAAUAACAUAUGUGAGCGGAAUUAUGUUCAAAUUAUAUCGGGGCGUAAACUAAAACCAACUACAUUGGGUAUAGUUUUGGUGCAUGGCUAUCAAAAGAUUGAUGCCGAUUUGGUUUUACCAACUAUGAGGUCUGCUGUAGAACAACAGCUCAGCUUGAUAGCCCUUGGCAAGGCAUGUUUUAGUGUUGUGCUGGAACACGCUUUGGAAAUAUUUCGCUUGAAGUUCAAGUACUUUGUCAACAAUAUCUCUGGCAUGGAUGAAUUAUUUGAAGUCUCUUUUUCUCCUUUGGCCUCAUCAGGGAAACCAAUGUCUAGGUGUGGCAAAUGUCGUCGGUACAUGAAACUGAUUCAGGCAAAACCAAGCAGGUUACAUUGUUCAAAUUGUGAUGAUACAUACUCUUUGCCACAAAAUGGUGGAAUUAAACUCUAUCAGGAGUUAAAAUGUCCACUAGAUGACUAUGAACUCGUACUCUGGACAACUGGUACAAAGGGAAAGAGUUAUCCCUUAUGUCCAUAUUGCUAUAACAAUCCACCUUUCAAGGAUAUGCGCAAAGGCAGUGGCUGUAAUGAAUGCACACAUCCUACAUGUCAACAUGCAUUUUCUCAAAAUGGCGUAUCUGAAUGUCUUGAAUGCAGUCAAGGUAUCUUGGUAUUGGACCAGUCUUCGGCACCAAAAUGGCGUAUGGCAUGUAACAAGUGUUCCCUUGUCAUCAACCUGUUAGAAGGAGCACAUAAAGUCACUUUAAAGGAUGAUGAUUGUGAAGAGUGUGGUGCCUCUAUUAUAAAUGUUGACUAUGGCAAGAACAAAUCUCCACUACCAGACAAUGCUACUGAUUACACAGGUUGUGUAUUUUGUGACAGCACUUUCAAACCCCUGGUUGAAAUGCACCAUGCUAUGGCACCCAGAGUGCGACGUACGGCAACACGUGGUGGAGGAGCUGGCCGUGGAAAAGGUCGUGGCCGAGGGCGUGGUAAAGGCAAACAUAAACCCAAAGACAAAAUGGCACAGUUAGCUGCAUAUUUUGUAUGAAUGCUAAACCUUCAGUUAACUUUUUAACUUUCAUCUAGAAUAAAGAAUUCUACCCUAUG